GCGGGUUCCUAAGCCUAGGAGAGGAGGAGGCUCCUGGAAGGCUGCCUGCCCGGGUGUCUUUGCAGGACAAGGCCGAGGAGGAGGAGGCGGAGGCGGGCGCCUCUCCGCCGGUCUAGGGAGCGGCCCCGCCUGGCGCUGAAGCAGCUGCCCUUGCCAGCCCGGCAGCGCGGAAAGGGGGCGCCUCCCGUCCCGUCCCGUCGUUAGAGCCCCUGCUUCUUCCCCGACCCCCCCCCCUCACCUCGGCCCACCGCAUGUCGAGCCUGCAGCGCCCCCCAGCUGUUUCGGCCCAGGCCCCGCCGGUUUCCUUAAGCGCGGAGCAGGCCAAAGUGGUUUUGGCGGAAGUGAUCAAGGCAUUUGGAUCUCCAGAAAAUGCUCAGCGCCUGGAGGAAGCCAGGGACAAUGCCUGCAAUGACAUGGGGAAGAUGCUUCAGUUCCUGCUUCCUGUGGCUACCCAGAUACAACAGGAUGUGAUCAAAGCUUAUGGUUUCAGUAAUGAUGGGGAAGGAGUCCUAAAGUUUGCCAGAUUGAUAAAAUCAUACGAGUCUCAGGAUCCUGAAAUUGCAAGCAUGUCUGGGAAGCUGAAGUCUAUAUUUCUGCCUCCAAUGACUCUACCUCCCCAUGGAGCUGGGGCAGGAGGUACGGUUGCCACAUCAUGAAGCAGGCAGCCUCCGGUGGGAUCUAUAUUUUUAUGUUUCCACAUCAGUCUUAACUUGGGCUGAAACUUGGGCAUUGUUUCUUUCGUUAUCAUGGAAGAGGUGUUUUGACUUUUUUCUAUAGUCCUUAAUAUUUGUUUGUGCUUAUGAAUAAAAACUUCUUGUAAAUAUGUCCCA